GUUAGUCUGCGGUUAAUGUGUUAUUAUUAUGACAGCGUAAUAGUGACAGUAAGCGCAGACGACAGGUUGUCAAAUGCCAGUUUGACGUCACGUGGCUGGGAUCUUGGAGUAGGGAUCGUAUCAUCGUAUCGUAUUGUCGUAUUCUACAAAAUGGCUAACAAGUUGAAAUAUCUUAGGAUCUAUUUUGUUACAUGGAAUGUAGCAACAAAAUAUCCAGAUCAAGAUUUAUGUACAUUACUGGAUAUUAAUGAAACAAGAACACUCCCAGAUUUUUACGUGGUUGGGCUACAGGAAGUCAAAGCCCAACCACAAAACAUGGUAAUGGAUAUGUUCUUCGAAGAUCCAUGGACCAAAGCUUUUAGAGAAGUAUUGAAGAAACAUGACUACGUAAAAAUACGUACACAACGCUUACAGGGUCUUGUUUUAAACGUCUUUUGCUUAAGGAAGCACAUGACACAUUUAAGAUUAAUAGAGGCUCAAUAUACGCGAACAGGAUGUGGAGGAAUGUGGGGUAAUAAAGGUGCAGUGAGUGUAAGAUUAAAUAUAUAUGGAAUUAAUAUGUGUAUAGUGAACACACACUUGACACCACACGACCAUUUAUUGGAAGACAGAAUUGCAGACUAUAAUACAAUACUCACAAGUCAUAGCUUUAGCAAUUCUGAUACUUCAAAAAUAUUAUUUCACGAUUAUGUAUUUUGGAUUGGUGAUCUAAAUUUUCGGCUACAUGGAGAGGACUUAACUGCCACAGAGAUUGAUUCGAUGGUUAAAAAGAAUCAAUUAAGAACCUUGUUAGCUAGAGAUCAAUUAAAAAUGGUGAUGGAGAAAGGUGAAGCAUUUACCGAAUUUACUGAAAAUUCUAUUACAUUCCCACCUACUUAUAAAUUCGAAUUUUCAUCUCAAGAAUAUGAUCUCAAGCGACGACCGUCAUGGACUGAUCGGCUCUUAUAUAAAGUAAACACAGACGUUUAUGAUGAUAUCAAGUUGAAUAUCAUUCAGCAUAAUUAUAAAAGUUAUCCUGAUUAUAUAUUAUCAGACCACAAGCCUGUUACAGGAGAAUUUGACAUUGUUAUCAGACCAAGUAUAGAAGACCACGGUGUGGAGUUCCAACCUGUUUCAUCCUGGUUUAUAGAUGAAGAGAAUUCUGUAUCGUAUAGACUACUAGGAGAUGCGAGGACAGCUAGUGGUGAUUGGGUGGGUCUGUUUCAAAAUGGAUUUUCCGGCCUGGACGAAUAUAUCGUUUAUGAAUACGUAGGCCGAGGUAAGUCUUCAUCGGUUUCAGUAGAACCUAACGCGAUCACCGAGCGGAUUUAUUUCAGCGACACGGCCCUUCGAACGCCCGGUAUGUAUUGUUUAGUUUAUGUUGCUCAGCGAGGAGACCUUAUCGGUAUUUUGGGUGUGAGCCCACCGUUUCCGGGACAUCAUAGAAAUAAUUGAUAAAUCGGUUUGCGCAGUACAAUCACGAUAGUCAAUGAUAUUUGCUUCUUACAAAGUCAUGAUGUCUAUAUUAUUAAUAGGACAUUGUACUUAUGUGUGUGUUUAGCUGUAAAAUUCACGUAAACGUUGAAU